CCGAAACCAUUCUUAAUGAUUCUCAAAAAUUGAAACUGAAAGUGUUAGAAAUCGAAACCGAAGUACCGAUUCCGGAUUCGGUUCCAGUGAUUUUUUGUGCAUCCUACUUUAUAUAACAUGGUUUUGUGGAAAAAACCAAAAAUUUCCUGAGUGAUUAACCAACGCGCCGAGUGUUUGGUCGGUGAGAAAAUAAUUUAGGACCUACGACUACAAGUUGUUACGGCCACACUCGUUUCCGCUAUCCGCACCCAGAGAAAGCAAACUCAAGCACGCUGAAAAGCGAAUCUUACUUAUAAAUAAAAAAUAAAAAAUAAAAAAUAAAAAAAGGUACACACUGAUGAGAGGAGGAGGAGGCUGCGUUUAAUGGUGGCGGUUUCGAAGGCUGUUCUUCAAUGGAAUUAAGCUUUUUCUCAACUUUGAAACCCUCAUUUUUUUGCAGUACUACUAUUAGUAGUAGGAGGAGUAUGGGACUUUCCAUGGAACUUUCUGCUUUCUCUUACCAGAAAUUCAUUCAUUUCGCUUUGGAUGAAACCAAACGCCAUACUCAUUUGGUUGCUUCUCCCUUACAGGAGAAUUUCAGUUCCAUGAUGGCCAUGGAUGGGAAAACAGAGCUUCAAAUGCUCUCAUUCCAAGCUUCCAAGAUUAGACUCCUCCGUAGUCUUUGCAUCGAAGGGAGUGGAACAAUGAAGGUUAUGGAUUUUGCUGUGUUUCCAGAACCAGAUUUCGAUGUACCUAUAUUUUGUGCCAACUUUUUCACUGUUUCUUCCAUGAACAUAGUUGUGUUGGACCUUAAUCCAUUGCAUGAUGUCGUCAGUCAAAGGGAUUACAGAGAGAAGUACUAUAAAAGGUUAAUGCCUCUUUCUCUCAAGUACACUGAGCUUUUGCCUUGGGGAGGAAAGAUUACCAGUGAGUCUCUGAGAUUUUUCUCACCAAUAGUAAUAUGGAGCAAGUUUCCUUCAAGCCAGGACAAUCACAAUGCUUUAUAUUCUGCCUUCAUGGAUUACUACAAGGCAUGGCUGGAGCUAAUUGACCAAGCAACAAAGGAAACAGAUGCUUCUCGAAUCAUUUGCAAUUGCGAAGCACAACAUAGGUAUCUCACAUGGAGAGCCGAAAAGGAUCCCGGUCAUCAAGUUCUGAAAAAGUUGAUUGGGGAGACUCUUUCCAAGGACUUGUUGAGGAACUUUCUCUUCGAUGGAAUUGACAAACUAGGCAGCAAAACAUUUUUGGAUUACUUUCCUGAGUACCAGUGUGAGGAUGGGACUAUUGUUGUGAAGCGAAGUGUUAUUGGAAAAUCAUUUGAAAAUCGACCGUGGGAUUCAAGUGGAGAAUUCAUUGGGUAACAAAUUUACAUAACUAGUUUGAAGUCUUUUUUUUUUUGUUCUUUCAUUUUUCAGUUAUAGAUAUUUGGUUCUCUAUAUUGCCCCUUAUUUUAUAGCCACCGCUUUCACUUUUCCUUGCUAAUCGUCCUCAUAUUAUCGCCAUGUUCUCUGUGAGUCUAGAUUGUGCAACGGACACUAUAACUGGCGGUUUGUUUACUCGAUAAAUUGAUGUUGUAGACAAUAUUUUCAGACAGUGUUGCGAAAUAUUUUCUCGUAUAUUAUGUUUCUUGUCAAACUUCAACAAAAAUGUAAAACAACAAUGGAGUACUGUGCCAUGAUAUUAGAUUAACAUAUGAAGAUCUGAAUAGCAUCCCAGACUUCAAAAUCA